AUGACUUCUAGAAGGAUCAUAUUUCGUCUUCUCCCAGUCAUCUAUUUCAUUUCUAUUCUCUGCCCUAGAGGUUGCUAUGGACAAAUAAACGUUUCCAUGGUCGCAGAUGUUGAUACUAUCCCUGCAGUUGGAGGAAAUAUAAACCUUAUAUGCACCUACUCACCCAAGGCCCCCGAUCGUAGAGUAUCAUGGAAAAAUGAAAGCAACUCUGAGCUGGCAUCACUGGACUGCGAGAAUGGGAUAUGCCAGAGUACUGUCCCCAACCCUAAGAAAUUCAACGUUACAUUAGACGAAGAUGGUGCUGUGAUUCUGGCUAUACGAAAUUUGAUUGAACAUGACAGCGGAAACUACAAAUGUCUGGUGACAAGUGAUGAUAGAACUGGAUUAUCUUCUACCCAAGUGGUAGUUCUAGAGCAAGUGCCGCCAAACAAGGUGUUUGUCACUGGAGACCUGGUGAGAACUUUGGCAGCGGAUGAGACCAUGGAUGUGACCUGCAUAGCUGAAGGCGCCAGACCCCCUGCUACACUUCAGUGGAUCAUCCCGGAGUCCGUACAAGUUUCUUUUAUUACGAGACUGACCAAUGUGAUAAGAGGAAACUCGUACAUCUCUUUGCGGAAGGUGACCCUGAGUCCGUCUAGGGAUGCCCAUGGAGUGAGACUCGUUUGCAAAGUAUCACAUCCACAACUUCAUGAACCUAUUGAGACUUCAGUUCUUCUAAAAGUUCAAGCCCCUCCAACUUCCAUGGCGAUCUCCAUACCAUCAAUGCCCACAAAAAACGAUGGAUCUGGCGUUCAGAAAAUCAUCAUCUUCAAAGGCACCCUUACCAACAUCACAUGCACCAGCAAUGGGUCUCGUCCAGCUGCCAAUAUUUCAUGGACCCUGAACGCCAACGAAAUCAGCAAAGGCGUCACAUCCCAAAAUACGUCUAACCCGGUAGAUGAUAGCUUAUAUGAUACGACAAGUGUAAUGCAAAUUCAGCCUGCAAGGCGCCACCAUAAUCAGGUUCUACGCUGUCUGGCUAGGGCUGGAAAGACCCAGAUUGAAACAGAAGCGAGGUUGCUUGUUUAUGAGACCUCCGACUCUCCCGAGAUAUAUCUCCCUAAUAAACUUAUUGAAGGCAAUGUCACUAGUGUGACCUGUUCAACAGGCAAUGGAUAUCCACUACCUUUGAUCCGCUGGUAUAUAGGAUCCAGGAACAUCACCAACCAAUCUUGGCCAAAUCAAAUACCUAGUGACCAUGGAAGAGCUGACGUCAUGAGUACGCUAGAGUUUACACCAAUGAGAUCGGACAAUGGAAGGAACCUGACAUGUGAAAUUAUACAAGUGAUGACAUUUACUGUUCCACCUAGACUGUAUCAGAAAGCUCAAAAGACUCUUGACAUUCUUUAUCCACCUGUCAUUCAUGAACUUACUUUUCGGCAAUUGGUGAACGAUGUUACUUUCACUUGCCGAUCGGAUGCUAGCCCGCCUGCCUCCCAAUUCACCUGGUUUCGUAACGGGACAAGUUUGGACGCCAGCAAUGGGCACCAACAGCAACGUACUGACCAUCAUGAGGGGAAUACAACAUCCUCAAGCAAGCUAACCAUUCAACAUGUUACUACGUCUGAUCAAGGCAAAUAUAUGUGCGAAGCGUCAACUAAUCUUGGUCGUGGCAGCUCGGCUAUCAACUACACAUUUGCUUUUACUCCACAGGCACCAUCUGACCUAAUAGUACAUCAAAAGCAGACGACAUCUUCAACCAUCACUGUCGCCUGGCAACCAGGGUUCUAUGGCGGUUUCCAACAAACCCACACCCUUCAGUACUGUACAUACGAAAAUGAAGAUCCGGGUCAGAAAGUGUGCUACCACAAAGCAGACAUAAAUAGUACAAAUUAUACUAUAAGGAAUCUAAAGCCAUACACCCGUUACGAAAUCAUUUUGUGGUCUACUAACAAAGCGGGAAAUAGCAGUCAAAGGAAGAUCGUUGCUUCUACAGCACGAGUAUAUAUCACUCGUAAAACAUCGGAGGGGAUUUUGACCAUUUCGAAUACAGACCAACCCAUAGAAGAUUUUUGCUUUGUCAUCCUGCGGAAUAUGUCCGAAUGCUCCACUCUGAAUGAUACAAAGUGCAUUGACCCUGGUACUAAGGUCAACAUAGAUCCGGAUGAUAACGUAACGGUGGUGACCUUAGGCAGGGGCUUGUGCAGUGCACCUUCUUAUCCUAUCAUAGGUUAG